GCUCCGGUUCCCACCCUCGGGGAGGGGGGAGGGGGGUUGCUGAUGCAGCCGUGUUUGCGGCGCUGUUACCCGGCCAGCCUCCCAGCUGUGACUCGCUGUGAUUUCCUUUUUUCCUUCCUCCCCCACUAUCGUGUCUCCCAGCAGGAGUCUUUCCUCUCCCUUUACGGCCGCCCUCUCCGGUAAAAGAUGGAGCUCCAAUCGACCCUCCACGCUCUGCUCUUCCUCUCUGCCGUCUGCCUGGUGCCGGUAUUCAGCGCCGCUUCACGGACGGGACCGAAAGUCACCGAGAAGGUGGGUUCAGACGUUUGUCGCAUUUUUUUGCAUUAAAAACCGUAACUGCGUCUUAACUGAGCUCCGCGCGGCCAGUCAUCAUUUUAUAUUGAGGAGCUGAGCGCGCGACCGGAACGUCAGAACGACCGUUAGAAAGCGGCACGCACGCACGCACGCGGACACAGUCACAGAUCCUUGAGACGGUUCGGCGUUAAUAGAGAAGCUGGACCGUGACAGAUCUAGCAAGACUGAGACGCAUUCAGACACAAUGAUACACACAGACACACGCUGACACGUACAGACACACGCUGAUACGCAUUCUUGCAUACGUGUCCAUUCAAAUGACAGUGCGCAGUGCGUAAGCCUUAAGGCAAGCACACACACACACACACACACACACACACACACACACACACACACACACACACACACACACAGAGAGACAGAGGACCUGACCUCGAUUUAAAAUCUGAUUCAUGGAUCAUAUAUGAUACACCGGUCACUAAGUGAUUGAACAAGUGAAACAGUACUGUAAAUGAUCUUGUAAUUCACAUAUAUAUGUUUUGUAAAUUAAAGUUUAAAGAAAUUUUAUACUGUAAACUUGAUCACCCCCCCCCCCCCCCCCCAGAUAGUCUUUCCUCUAAAGGUCUGGUUUUAACAUUGUUUGUAUAGUGGCCUAAAAGUACAAUUACCCCGAACACUUUGAUGAACACAAAAUACAUAAUAAGUAAAUAAAGAAAAAAGAAGCACAUACACAAUGAUAUUCUUGAAAUGCAAAAACAUUCAACAUGAUGCAAAAAUAUUUUAUGUUAUGUUAAAACUUUAUUUCAUGUUGUUUUUUUUUUUUAAUUAUCUUUAUUUUGGAGAUUUGGACAGCAGAUCACAUCACAUUGCAUGGAAAAGUCUGAGAACUAAAUUACCUCUGCAGUCCUUGAUUUUUGGAUAGAACUGUACCAAGGUGGGAGGAAGAGUAUGUACUCUGGAGUGGUGGGAGUGAAAAAGAAAAAAAAAAGAGAGAGAUUUGGCGAGAAGGCCCAAAGGGCAGAGACAAAACAAGUCAUGGAUCAUCCACAAAAUCUGCUUGUGAAGGCCUUACAUAUUUAACCCACUUAGACCAGGGCUGAACAAAGCUAUCUUUUUCUAGACGUAAAGAAAAGGUAAUCUCUUCCAUAAUAUGAAUACCAUUUACACUCUCAAUCCAUUCUUGUUUUGUGGGGGCUUGAGGAAGUUACCAGCGCCUCAUAAUGGCUUUUUUGCUGGCAGAAAUCAGAAUGCCAAACAGUUAUUUAUCAGACCCUCGGCCCUGAAAAUUCAUAUUCAUAUUCAAUUUUAUUUGUAUGGCACUUUUUGUACAAAACCCAAUUCAAUUGAAAUUGGAAAAUUGUGAUAAACGCAAAUAAAAACAGAAUACAAUGAUUUGCAAAUCCUUUUCAACCUAUAUUUAAUUGAAUACACUAUAAAGACAAGAUAUUUAAUGUUCACACUCACAAACACAACACGUGUCAAAGUAGUUGGGACAGGGGCAUGUUUACCACUGUGUUACAUCACCUUUCCUUUUAACAACACUCAAUAAACGUUUGGGAACUGAGGAGACUAAUUGUUGAAGCUUUGAAGGUGGAAUUCUUUCCCAUUCUUGCUUGAUGUACAGCUUCAGUUGUUCAACAGUUCGGGGUCUCUGUUGUCGUAUUUUAGGCUUCAUAAUGCGCCACACAUUUUCAAUGGGAGACAGGUCUGGACUGCAGGCAGGCCGGUCAAGUACUCUUUUACUACACAGCCAUGCUGUUGUAACACCUGCAGAAUGUGGCUUGGCAUUGUCUUGCUGAAAUAAGCAGGGGCGUCUAUGAAAAAGACGUUGCUUGGAUGGCAGCAUAUGUUUCUCCAAAACUUGUAUGUACCUUUGAGCAUUAAUGUUGCCUUCACAGAUGUGUAAGUUACCCAUGCCUUGGGCACUAAUGCACCCCCAUGCUAUCACAGACACUGGCUUUUGAACGUUGCGUCGAUAACAGUCCGGAUGGUUCUUUUCCUCUUUGGACUCGUCAGACCACAGAACACUUUUCCACUUUGCAUCUGAUUCUCUGAACCUUUUGAUGAUAUUAUGGACCGUAGAUGUUGAAAUCCCUAAAUUCCUUGCAAUUGUACAUUGAGAAACAUUGUUAUUUAACAGUUCGACUACUACUCACGCAGUUGUUCACAAAGUGGUGAACCUCGCCCCAUCCUUGCUUGUGAAUGACUUAGAAUUUUUGGGAAAGUUGCUUUUAUACCCAAUCAUGGCACCCACCUGUUCCCACCUUACCUGUUGGAUGUUCCAAAUAGGUGUUUGAUGAGCAUUCCUCAAAUUCCUCAGUAUUUUUUGCCACCUUUCCCAACCUCUUUGUCACGUGUUGCUGCCAUCAAAUUAAUUAUUUGCGAAAAAAAAAAAAAAGUUUAUGAGUUUGAACAUUAAAUAUCUUGUCCUUGUAGUAUAUUCACUUGAAUAUGGGUUGAAAAGGAUUUGCAAAUCAUUGUAUUACAUUUUUAUUUAUGUUUAUCAGAAUUUCCCAACUUCAAUGGAAUUGGGUUUUGUAUAAGAAUGCAAUUCAAAGUGCCUCACAGAGGCUAAAAACAACAAUAAAACCUGACUCCCCCACCCACACACACACCCAUAGACCCACACACACAGACACACACCCACCCUCACCCACACACACAAGCACAUAAAGUGAGCAUUUAAGAUAUAUUGCCAAAGAGACAUGGCUUGACACCGCAAAAUUACGUGAGGACAGAGCUACUUUUGGGAAACACUGGAGAUAAAAAGAUAAAAAUUAUAAAAAGAAGGAGUAAAUCCUGAUGGACUAAAACAAGAAGAUAAUAUAAAAUGAACAAAUAAGUAAGAAUAAAAAUACAUAAACACUGAGAACUUUGAUUAAAUUGAACAGUAGCAAUAAGAGAAAUAUCAGUGAAAAGCCUGGUUUAAAAGGUGAGUCUUGAGCCUCUUUUUAAAAACAUCAACCGUCUCUGCGGCCCUGAGGCUCUCUGGCAGGCUGUUCCACAACCGGGGACCAUAGAAACUGAAAGCAGCUUCCUUGUGUGUUUUUGUUUUAACUUUGGGUAAGGUUAAAAGGCCUGUACUGGAGGACCUCAGGGUCAGCAAGGGUUAAUAUGAUAAAAGUAAGUCAGAUAAAUAGGAGGGGCCAAGACCAUUGACAAUAAUAAGAAUAACUUUAUUUUAUCCCUAAAAAGGGAAAUUCAUUUUUCUGUAGUCUCAGUUGUCAUGUGUCAAAAACUUCUAUUUACAGAAGAGUUGUAAAGUCUGAUGGCUGUUGGUACAAAAGAUCUUCUGAAUCUUUUAGGGAUGCACGAUAUUUAUCGGACCGAUAAAAUAUCGGCCGAUUUGGGGGAAAAUUACGUCAUUUUUUAUCGGUCCGAUAGGUGCAUUUUUCCGAUAGAAAGAUCCGAUAUAUUAAUGAAAUUACGAGUAACGUUUGCAGGCGGAGUAGCCGCCCGUCCGAGACGCGCUGGUUACGUAAUCUAUCGCGCCUUACUCGCAGGUCCCAAGCCUGACCCCGUCACUACCUGACAGAUAAUAAAAUGUCUUCACCAGCAUGGUCGUUUCUCUCAGUGGCAGAAGAUGACAACAGCAUUGCUAUAUGCAAAACCUGUUCAGCGAGGAUUCCGAGAGGAGGAAAGAAGACGUCAAGUAUUAACACAGCGAAUCUGAUAGCUCAUCUGAAAAGUCGCCAUCGCGGUGAAGCGGUAUUAAAAGACUAUGAGACAGCCGCCGAAGCUGCUAGCGGUACUAAAGCUAAGACAACAACACUACGGAGGAUCGAUGUCCCCAUUCAGCAGGAGUUUAAAAACUGCAAAAGCUUCUCAAGAGACAGCGAAAAGGCUAAAGCCAUUAACGACAAAGUGAUGGAGUUCAUAGCGGUCGACGACCAGCCUUUUUCCGUCGUUGAGAACCCGGGUUUUCGUAAGUUCAUAGCACACUUGGAGCCACGUUACACUCUCCCAAGCCGCCGCUUCUUCUCGGAUGUGUCUCUUCCUGCACUCUAUGAUAUUGUCGCCACAUACAUUCACAACCUGAUCGACAAGAACGGACUACACGUGAGUUUUACCACAGACAUAUGGACGUCAGAUGUUAGUCCGGUCAGCAUGCUAAGCCUAACGUCUCAUAAUAGCUCCUUUACAGUUUACAGUUCUGUUGAACAGUUCAGGGGAUCAAAUGAAGCUCUGCUUUUUGCUCUGUUAUUGUUAUUUAUAGCAAAUGACCACAUUUGAAGAGCCAAAAACUUUUGUUUGUUGUUCUAGAUAGGCCAGAGCAACAAAAACAUCAGUUUUCAAUCGCUGCAUCCUGCUCAAAUUGCAGAUUAUAUGAAGAUUAUAAUAAAUGUAAAAAUAUGAAUUUAUCGGUUAUCGGUAUCGGUAUCGGCCAUGAGAAGAAGAAAAUUAUUGGUUAUCGGUAUCGGUUGAAAUUUUUCAUAUCGUGCAUCACUAGAAUCUUUCUGUCCUGCAGUGAAGAGAGAGGAGCCGUCCACCACUAUUGGCCCUUUGGUCCAUUAAGGUGUUGUGAAGUGGGUGAUCCAUGUUCUUUAGAAUAGUCUCCACCUUCCUCAGUGUAGAUCUCUCCACCACAUCCUCCAGUGAGUCCAACUUGAAUCCAACCACAGAGCCAGCCUUUUUCACCAGUUUGUUCAGACGUCUUGCAUCUUUGUGUAGCCCCCUAUAACCCUGUAACCCCCCAUAGCCCCCUACAUCUAAAAACUAAUAAAACCUUAACAUCAAUCAUGAAAUGGAGGGGUGCAGCAAUGCUAAAACUGGGGUUAUAUGCUUUCACCCUGUGGCCCUCGAAUUUUGUGAUAAUUGCAGGGCAUUACAAUCAUCUAAACGACAUGCAUCAGCACCUCUGCGCUGGCUGGGAGAGAAACGGGUGUACUCUGGCUAUAUUCCUAAGGUGGUAAAAACCUACCUUUGCUAUGUUUUUGAUGUGUGGAAUAAAACAGAGCUCAGAGUCAUUUUUUUUUUUUUAUUAAAAAUAAGAACACUCAAAUGUUGCAUAUACAUAAUUAUUCACACCCUUUACUCAAUACUUGGUCAAAGGAUCUUUGGCAGCGAUUACAGCCUCCAGUCUUCUUGUGUGUGAUGCAACAAGCUUGGCACACCUGGAUUUGUGGAGUUUUUCCCCAUUCUUUCUUGCACAUCCUCUCAAGCUCAGUGAGAUUCGAUGGGCAGCAUCGGUGCACAGCUGCUUUAAGGUCUUUUCAAAGAUGUUUAAUCGGGUUCAAGUCUGGGCUCUGGCUGGGCCACUCAAAGACAUUCAGAGACUUGUCCUGAAGCCACUCCUUUGUCUUCUUGGCCAUGUGCUUAGGGUCAUUGUCAUGCUGGAAGAUGAAGCAUCGCCCCAGUCGAAGGUCUUGAGCACUCUGGAGCAGGUUUUCAUCAAGGAUUUCGAUGUACUUAGCUGUAUUCAUUUUUGAAAAACAUCCCCACAGCAUGAUGCUGCCACCACCAUGCUUCACUGUAGGGAUGGUAUUGGCGAGGUGGUGAGCGGUGCCUGGUUUCCUCCAGAAAUGACGCUUGGCAUUUCUUAAUGAUGGAGACCACUGUGCUUUUUGGGAUCUUCAAUGCAGCAGAUAUUUUUCUGUAACCUUCCCCAGAUCUGUGCGCCGAUACAACCCUGUUUCGGAGGUCUACAGACAAUUCUUUCGACUCCAUGGCUUGGUUUGUGCUCUGAUGUGCUCUGUCAGCUGUGGGAUCUUAUAUAGACAGGUGUGGCUUUCCAAAUCAUAUCCAAUCAGCUGAAUUUGCCACAGGUGGACUGCAAUCAAGUUGGAGGAACAUUUCAAGGCUGAUCAGUGGAAACAGGAUGCACCUGAGCUCAAUUUUGAGUUUUAUAGCAAAGGGUGUGAAUACUUAUGUAUGUGCAACAUUUGAGUGUCUUAUUUUUAAUAAAUUUGCAAAAUGUUAUAAAAAAAGUUUUUUCGCUUUAUCAUUAUGGGGUAUUUUGUGUAGAAUUUUUGAGAGAAAAAGGAAUUUAAUCCAUUUUGGAAUAAGGCUGUAACAUAACAAAAUGUGGAAAAAGUGAAGUGGUAUGAAUACUUUCCGGAUGCACUGGAUCCUGUUGUGUACAGUUCCUUUUUCAUAAGCCCUUUGUAGAGUUUGGAUAUAAGCCCCCUACUCAUAUCAUUUUGGUAUGCCCCUGCAAAUAUCUUUAGUAUUGGAUCCUCAAAGUCUGUUUUACUUUUUAUAUUCUGUUCGAAAUAGUUAUGUAUUGCAAUAGUAAAUUGCAAUUGUAAAUUAUCAUAUAUCUUAUAUUUUCUUCUGGUUUUCCUCCAGAUUCUCAGUUUGGUUUGGAUCAGAGGGUUUUGUAUCAAUUCCAAUAACUCAGUAAGACUUUUGUGAGCCAACACUGCAUGAACUGGAGAGUUAUUCAUAUAGGGGAGUUCAAUGUCUUUCCACCUGGCUUGAAAUGUUGGGGUACAAAUACUUAUUAAAGGUUUGAUCUGGGUAGCAUAAAAGUAAUCUGUAAAAUCUGGGAGGGCCAUCUCUCCUUCUUCCUUUUGGAGUUUUGAGGUUUCAAGUUUAACUCUGGGUUUUUUCCCUUGCCAGAUAAAUCUGGAAAUACAUUUUAUUCAAUUCCAAAAGAUUUUUGGGUGGUAUUUUUACAGGAAGUGCCUAAAAUAGAAAGAGGUAUCGAGGUAAAACAUUCAUUUUUAUAGAGUCAACUCUAUGACUUAAGCUAAGUAAGGAGAUUGAGUUCCAUCUUUGAAUUAAUGCUUUGGUUUUUGUCAGAAGGGGGCUAGAAUUUAUCUUGGCUAGCACAUGGAUUGUUCGUUGAUAGAUGUAUUCCCAAAUAUUUCACUGAAUUCUCGUCCCAUUUUAUUGUUGAUUGUUAAUGUUUUUGAGUUUUAAUGUGUUUUAAAAAUGUGUUAUGUGUUAUGUCAUGUGUUAUUUUUUUGUGAAAGAUUUUUGCAUAUCAUUACUUUUUGUGAAAUAUUUUCACAUUUUAUGAUGUCUUUUGGUGUUUUGUGAAAUAAUUUAUGUGUCAUGAUUAUUUUGUCCUUUUUAUGUUUUAUCCCACAAAAUACUAAUAAAUAAUAAUUUAUUAAAUACUUUUGUGUUUAAUGACAUGCUGUUGGUGUAAAACUGUCACUUGUCCUGAAAUGUUUGCAGUUGGACCUUUAAGACUGUAUUUCUGCCUGUUAAAAAGUGUUUCUCUCGUAUGGUAAUGUAGUGUUUGGUGUCAUAACUGAGUCUUGACCUGCUCUCCAUAGGGUGCCCUAUGAUAACACUCUUUGUGAGGUAAAUAUACAGGAGUCGAUUUUUUUCUGAUCGCCUAUUUCACAGUUAAGUGUCAAAUUAAGUUUGAUUACUUUUAUUAAAGAAAGUUAAAUUUUGUAUGCUUUUAAUAUAUUUGAGAUCUGAAAGGGAAAAGAGAAAAUAUGGAAGUUAAUGUUUAACUUUUCUUACCUUAGCUCCUCUCAGCUUAGCCUCAGAGCUCAGCUUGAUUGACAGCCCACGUGUGUGCUUUUCUCUGUGUGUCUCCAGGUGUUUUUUGACAUCACGGUGGCGGGUCACGAGGUUGGGCGGAUUGUCAUCGGCCUUUUUGGGGAGGUCGUCCCGCUGACUGUCAAUAACUUUGUCGCCUUGGCAACUGGGGAGGUAGGUAGGAUGGUGUGAACAAACACUCCUAUCCUAACUCAUACUUAUGUGUUAUAAAAAUGUAGUUUUGUGAUAUUGGCUGUAACACUGGACAAACCUUCUGAUAAUUUUUAACUUAUUUAUCUCUGACAAGAAAAUUCUUAAAUAUGAUAAUGUUUUAAGUUUUUUUAGCUGCACCCCUUUUGACUUGGGGGCAUUCAGUGUAACUUUUGUAACACUUUGGUUUUGUUUGGUGCACAUCCAUACCAAAAUAUGACAGUAAAUUUCACUGGUCUCUUAAAAUUACUUGCUCUAAAAUAAGUAUUUGAGUGUCCUUUGGUCUGUGAUCUGCAUUCAACCCUCAGAUCAGCUCAUAACUUAAUUUUGGUGCAGUAGUAGAAUCGUAGUCUCCUAAGCCUCUGGUCUCUGCAGAAAGGUUACGGCUACAAAGGGACAAAGUUUCACAGAGUCAUCAAAGACUUCAUGAUCCAGGGGGGAGAUUUCACAGCUGGAGACGGGACCGGAGGUAAGAUUGAGACACGGAGUGAUAGAAUAAUGUCUCCUGAACAGGUCCAACACUCUGAUUCUGUGGGCUUAUUUCAUGUAGGACUCAAACCAUUUAAUCCACUUUCCCUAUUUACAUGUAAGUGUUCAGAACUGCCCACACAACCUGUUUCAUGUACACAGCUGUCAACACUAAACUGAUAUGCAUUAAAAAGCAGCAAAAUUUAGAAGUUUCAGUGAUGAGAAUUCUUUUCAUUCAGACUGGAUAGCCUGGUUCAAGCGGCCAUUUUGUUUCUUUUCCAGGUCACAGCAUCUAUGGGACCACCUUUGCAGAUGAAAACUUCAAACUGAAGCACCUGGGAGCUGGCUGGGUGAGUAUAAGAUCUGAAACCUAUGGCACAUCAGAGAAUUAUAAAGAAAAAAUGUAAUUCAUUUCUCAGCCUUGGUGCUGUCAGUGUUUUUUUUAAUAACAAAGAUCUUGCUAAGUACUUGAGCCGAAAAAAUCUAAACUUGAAGCAUCAUAACAACAAUGUAAGGUGUUGAAUUGCAAGUUUGUGUUUGUGUGUGUGCGUGUCUUUGUAUCAGGUGAGCAUGGCGAAUGCUGGCCCAGACACAAACGGCUCCCAGUUUUUUAUCCUGGCAACCAGAGCUCCAUGGCUGGACGGGAAACACGUGGUGUUCGGUAAAGUCCUGGAUGGGAUGGUGAGUUGAGCCUCAGAAAUCUGCUGCAUGUUACGCCUAAUGAUGAGAAAACUGUUAAUGUUGAGGUUCAGUUACAAAGUCCAAACCACAGGAGGUCCACCUGCUUUUCUGCGCUGACUUCCUGAAUAGAUUCAGGCCCCGCUCACCAAAGAAACAUUUCAGGAAAAGUUAGGUGGGAGGAGAUUUCAUGAGUCCAGCCCACUUUUUUAGAGAAGUCUACAUAAAGGGAUAUUUCAGCAUUUUUGAAGACUUGUAUUAGUCAAUGGAUGUCAGUCAGCUCCACCCUGUAAAUAGAAAACCACUAGCAGAGACGGGACACUGGGUUGGCUACAAUGAUCUGCUAAUUUUAGUAGAGCAUACACUUAAACUAAGAUGAGUGCUUCAGUUUGAGUCCCUCAAAAUCAGCUAAAGUAUGAGUCAUCAAUCCUCUUUCUUUGGUCUCCACCAUCAGGCUGUGGUUCACACCAUCGAGCUCCAGGACACAAAUGACAGGAACCUGCCAUAUACCGAGUGUGUGAUCGUCAACAGCGGCAGGAUCCCCGUCAAAGAGCCCUUCAUAGUGGAGGUGGAAGGCUGGUAAAAGACACCAAUACUGUAGAACAAAGAUAAUAUGUUAUAUAUUAUAAACUGCAGAUCAAUCAGAGGCCCAAGUUACCUGUUUAACAUUUUCAUAUCAAUACUUUUGCAUGUUCAUGUUCCACUAACAAGAAGGGCUGAGAAAUAUUUUGCUACAGUACCUGACUUUAAAUGUUGAUCCCACAUACUCUGGACAGGGAUGCUGCCAAUACUUCCAUGCUGGCGAGCCCUGAAAACACAGAGUGGAGAGGCUUCUGAUCUAUUUCUACUAUAUGUAGAUAUGUUACAAAAUUUUCAUGAAGUUUAGGGAUGGUCAGUGAUGUCUGACCGUCCCUAAAGAGAGGGACAAUUUUUAACAAAUUUACAUGACAGUUUAUUGUUCAGCCUUUGACUUUAGCCAGGUCAGAAAUCACACCAGAAACAGUUAAAAUCAUAAACUACUUGCACAGACAAAUUAGUAUCUAAUAAUGCUUAACCUAAGAUCUCCACACCUGCAAAAACGCCACUUUUAUAACAAAGAUUCAUAUAUGAUAAUGUAGCAAGUUGAAAAAUAACAUAUUUUUGCUUUUCUAGCCUUUCUAAGGUGUCAUGAGACUUUGAAAUGAUUCUGUGGUGAUCAGCUGUAGAAUUUAUUCUGUAGAUAUGUCACGUAGAAAACAUCACUGAAUGAAAAGAAAAGAACAUGCAUUGCGAAGUGUUGUUGUGCACAAGUACCUGAUUGGAUUAUUUUGGAUCAUUUUGCAUUGAGAUAAUGCAACUAUGCCAUUCAAAGAUGCUGUAUUAUACUCAUAUCAAGUUUAGAUCUUCAAUCAGUAAAACCUCUUAAGUAGCUUUGCAUAAUUUCAAAUCCCCAAAAGUCAUUCAUUUAACCCAGUGACUUGUAACACCAGUUAUUUUGUCUUCAUUAAAGAGGGGUUAUUAUGCUUUUUUUAAGGCCGUGAGUUUACCUUCUGACAGCUUUGUGGUAGCAUGAUUUAGAGCUAAAGAAAUCUUUACUCAUUCUAGAUAAGUGUCUUUGAAAACUCUCAGCCUCAAAAACAUUUAAUUUUAGUGACUGUCACUUAGAGGUCCUCCUAUUACCCUGGAACCCAACACUCAAGUAGCCUUCUUCACUGUUGCCAAAAUGACAAAUAAUGAAAUAUGGCCAAAUGUGGACCUGACUUGGUGAGUUAGUACAGAGACAUAAAAGGAGCCUAUUAAAUAAGUUGCAUCUUAUGCAGGGGUGUUAAGUCCACACUAAACCAUAUGUUGAAACUGAUCCGUUUGUAAUUUUAGUUGUUUCAUUGUAGCCUUUAAUUGCACCUCAGAGAUGUAAGGCUCAUUGUUGAGCAUUUCGUCCAAAUUAACCAACAUAUUGUGGCUAAAAUUAGAUUUUAUGUCCUGUGGCCAAUCACUGAAAAGCUGUUUUUGUAACUAGGUGUUUGUUACAGCGCUGACUCUCAUUCAUGAUUACCUCUAACCAGGCUAACAGUUGAAAAUAAAUGUUAAUUGGUGGCAAUUAACCAACAGCUACAUACAGAUGUAUAAAGUACAGUAUGAGUAAUCUAACAAGCGAUAACUAAAGCCUGUAUCCUUAAUCCACAGUUAGUGUAAGAAAAGAGCAAAGAGCAGUGUAAUUGUCCAGAACAUGCACUAUUAGUGAAACUGGUGAAAUAAUCUUUGCUUGUUGUGAACAGGAAAAAAAAUCAGCUUUUUUGAGAGAGACAAAGCAAAGGGUGAUCUGCAGCUGUGGUACUUUUAAAAUCAUCUGCUGCUAAUCAUCCUCCAUGAUUUUGCAGCUGCCAAAGUGCUGCGCUAGGGCAACUGGUGUUUUAAGAAGGACCACACACCAUCUUAUCAGAAAUAGCUGUAAAAUUUCAAAUGUAAUGUUAUUUUUUCAAUUUUGAUUUUAUUGUUUCCUUCAAAAACAGCAACUUUGUAAACAUUUUUAGAUGUAAUGUUUUUGAAGUUGAAUCUAUCUCAGCUGGUAUAACCCCCUCAACAUAAAUUGUAAAGUCCGUCUUUAAUUAGUAACUUUGUUUUAACUAGACUGGGCUUGAACUUGUAAUGGGCUGGGCUUGUCCAUGACAACUCUGCAAUCAACCUCUGGAGAUUUUGGUUAGUGUCUAAUUUAGGCUCCCCUCCCUAAAGCCCCUUUCUUCUGAAUUGCAAGUUCUCUCGAAGUCUGCCUGGAGACAACCAAGGCAGACUUAUGAUGUCAUCAAGUACCUGCAAUAGAAAAAAUAGGGAUAAAGCAGAAGUUGAGAUCAGACUAAAGAGUGAGGGGUGAAACAGACGAACGUUAACCUACUGGGCUCUAUUUUCAUGCCCCCCAGUGGCGCAGCACAGGGUGGCGCACCCCACGCAGUGGUAUUUUAAUCCAGUGCAGCCCGGUACACAGACAGUUUGGUAUUUUCGUAGACUGAGGUGCACUGAGAUGCCCCAAGCUGAGCAUGGCGGCACAGUAUGGGGGAGGUUUCGAAAUUCGCAAUACACCUCACCGGUGAGGGAUCUAAAGUUGAGGAGAGGAGCUGAUGUGAUUGGUGAAAACAGGACUCAGCUGUGUUAAACCCACUCAACGCCUUCCCCCCUCCCUCUUUUCUACAUGUGCUGCUGGGAGGAGCUGAGAUAGGGAGGCGGUGUACUUGCGCCAGGCUGCAAAGUGUGCUUAGGUAUGCCCCAUCAGCGCGGCGGACCUUACUUACGCCACGCCUGUGCCACACUGCCACUGAGGCAUGAAAGAAGAGCUCGAUGAGUUAAAGCUCUGUCUGCGUUUAAUAUGAAUAUUUACAUUUUUAAAACACAUAAACAGUAUGUGGAUGUCAAAAAUACAAAACAACAUACUACCCCCUCAUUUAAAGAGCUAUUUGGUGGAGAUGUAAGGGCUUCACCAAAAGUGAGGGCAGUAGCUAGUGCUCAGUAUUUCAGGUUCACUGUAGUUUAUGCGAACAGUUUUGUACAUUAGCAUGCUUGUGUAUGGAGCAGAUGGUGCCAGUUAGCACCAUCCCUCAUGACCAAACUUUAUAAUGAACUGUGGUUCCGACAUGAUGUGUUCCAUGAAAACUUGAACUAAAUGAACUGUGUAGCUCCUCAUGUAUCUAUCAGUGCCAAAUCGUACUUUAUUUGCCAAAUUUUCCAGUAUUAUAUAUGCAUCUCAUGAAUAACUAAACCAACUUAAGAGUUAACUAAUAUAUGCAAGCAAAAAAUAAAUAAAUAAGUACAAACCCUGUAGCAAGUGUCAAAUGCCAUUGUAGCACUAUAAUGUUUUUUGUUUUUUGUUUUUUUUUGAGAAUAUCUUCUCCGGCUGCGUUAUGCACUGUAUCAUAUUUGCAAAAACUACAGCACAAGUUGCACUGGAGGAAAAUGUUCAGAUAAGUGGUUAUUAAUGAUGAAAUCUAACUGUUCUGUCCUGUAAUCUGUGGUAUUAUAUCUUUUGUUUUUUGCUAACGCAAAGUCAAAGAUGUCAUCAUGUCUUAUAAUGAUUUUGUGAUUUGAUUUGACCUGAAACUCUGAUUUCACCCUGUGAAGUUAUAACUGAUAUCCCUAAUACCACUGAAUUAACGCUGCAUCUCUACCAAUCAUAUCAGAUGGUUUUUCGUUAUUUAUAAAAACAGCAGAAGAAAAGUGCCAACAGUUGUAUUUUCUACAAUAAAGAAUAAACUGUUGAAAUAUGA